CGCCGAGGCGCGGAGCGUGCGCAGAAGGCGUCGCCGGCGCAUGCUCCGUGGAGGGCCCGGCCCGGGGGCCCGGCGUCCGCGCCCGCCUCGUCGGCCCGCGAAGGCCUGGCGGGGCCUGGGGCAUGGCGGCCAGCCUGUGGAUGGGCGACCUGGAGCCCUACAUGGAUGAGAACUUCAUCUCCAGGGCCUUUGCCACCAUGGGGGAGACGGUGAUGAGCGUCAAAAUUAUUCGAAACCGCCUCACUGGGAUCCCAGCUGGCUACUGCUUUGUAGAAUUCGCAGAUUUGGCCACAGCUGAGAAGUGUUUGCAUAAAAUCAACGGGAAACCCCUUCCAGGAGCCACACCUGCAAAACGUUUUAAACUGAACUAUGCCACUUACGGGAAACAGCCAGAUAACAGCCCUGAGUACUCCCUCUUUGUGGGGGACCUGACCCCGGACGUGGAUGAUGGCAUGCUCUAUGAAUUCUUCGUCAAAGUCUACCCCUCCUGCCGGGGAGGCAAGGUGGUUUUGGACCAGACAGGCGUGUCUAAGGGCUAUGGUUUUGUGAAAUUCACAGAUGAGCUGGAACAGAAGCGAGCCCUGACAGAGUGCCAGGGAGCGGUAGGACUGGGCUCUAAACCAGUGCGGCUGAGCGUGGCGAUCCCUAAAGCGAGUCGUGUGAAACCGGUGGAAUAUAGUCAGAUGUACAGUUACAGCUACAACCAGUAUUACCAACAGUACCAGAACUACUAUGCCCAGUGGGGCUAUGACCAGAACACAGGCAGCUACAGCUACAGUUAUCCGCAGUACGGCUAUACCCAGAGCACCAUGCAGACAUAUGAAGAAGUCGGGGAUGAUGCAUUGGAAGACCCCAUGCCGCAGCUGGACGUGACUGAGGCCAACAAGGAGUUCAUGGAGCAGAGCGAGGAGCUGUACGACGCGCUGAUGGACUGUCACUGGCAGCCCCUGGACACCGUGUCUUCAGAGAUCCCUGCCAUGAUGUAGCCAGGACAAGGCACGAGCCAGAAUGGACAGUGAGGGAGAUGAGACUCUUUUUUUAAAAAAAAUUACUUCAAGAACUUUUCAAACUGUUUUUGAAAUGUUUCAUAAGAUUUCAGUCAUCUACUGUGUCCUGAAAUCAUGUGUAUUUCCU